AUGUCAAUCAAUAUCCCCGAUAAAGCUUAUGGAACUAUGUCCUUGACUUGGACUAAUACUCCUCCUAAAAGAGAGGAAUCUUUAGAAAUCUUGAAAUACCUUUAUGAGAAGAAAGGUCUCAGACAUUUCAAUGGAGGUAUGUUGUACCAAUCAGAUCCUGCCUUCAAUAAUCUUCAAUUGUUGCUGGAGUUCUUUGAAUCUUUUGAUGGAAGUGACUGUAUCUUCAGUUUCAAAGGUUGUAUCAAUAAAAUGACCUACAUGCCUGACAGUAGUCCUGAGUUCAUCGAUACAGAAUUUUUGGAAAUUGCUGAAGCUUUCAAAAAAGUUACAAACAAACCAAAAGUAAUCUUCAAUAUAGGUAGAAUUGACAAGACUAGACCAAUGGAAGAAGUCGCCAAGUACCUUCAAAAGAAAGUUUCCCAAGAUGAACUUAUUGUUGGCUGGGGUAUCAGUGAAUGUGGACCAGAAACACUUUACAAAGCAGUUAGUACUGCAGAAGUAUCAUUAUUGGAAUUGGAGAUCUCCAUGUUGACACAAGACGUCAUAGAUUUAGGAACCUUGAAAAUCGCAAGUGACUAUGGUGUCCCUAUUAUUGCCUAUUCCCCAAUGGCUAAAGGAUUAUUGACUGAUAAAGGAGUGUCUCCAGGCUACUUGGAAUAUUUGGGCCCUACCAGUAGAGUGAUUGCAGCAGGGUUUGAUAGAUUCAAACCUGAGAAUUACGAGGCCAACUUAAAGUUCUUGAAGCAGUUAUACGAUUAUGCUCAUAACAAGAAGAAUUGCUCCUUGCAACAAUUAGCUUUGGCCUAUGUUUCAGGUCUUUCAGGUUUAGAGAAUUUCAAGGAUAUUACCAAAGUCACCAAAAUUGUUCCAUUACCUGGGUCUGCUAACCUUGAAAAUAUUGAUCAGCUUUAUAGUGAAGUUAAAUUGAGUAGUACAGAGGUUCUUGAAAUCCAAGACAUCAUCGGUAGUAAUACUGUUCAUGGGAUUAGAUACAAUUCUUUAUUUGCUCCAACAUUGAAUGCUUAA